AUGAUUGAGCCUACUACUGCUCAAUCUAGAGGGAAGACGGCUUCUAAUAAUGAAGCUAGUGAAGAACGUACUAAAACUUCAAGCAGUAACCGACCUAAAACUAAACAGAGCAAUGGUGACUCUGCUGAAAAUGGCAAUAAUGAAAAAACUAAAACUACUAAAAGUGCCGGAAGAAAAAAAGGUAAGAAUUUCUUUUUUAAAAUUUAAAAAAACUUUUAAAAUUGUUGUUUUAUUGUCAUAUUCUUGUAGAUGCAGAUGAAGGGACAGACAAGAAGAAUGAAAAUAGAAACUCUAAAAGUGAAUCAACAGAAGCUGCUAAACCCGUAGCUGAUGAUGCUGCAACUGACAAUAACGGUAAAGAACAACCAUCAAAAGAAGGUGAUGGUAAAAUGCAGAAGCUAAGAGAUCGUGUUAAUGAUGGCAAGAAAAUUGAAGCUCAUACUGGAUUGAAGAAGAAUAGAGAUAACGAAGAACACGAAUUGGUUAUUGACAAAACUAAAUGCCGUUUUUACUUGUUUGGAUGCGAUUUAGAGGUAGGAAAACGCUUUCUGGUACUAUAUGUUCUAUAAAGUGUUUAGGCUUAAUAAUGUUUAGGCUUAGCAAGUAUAGAAGUUUAGACUAAACAGGCCAAAACUUUUAGGCUCAACAGGCAAAUUUGUUUAGGCGUACCAGAUGUAAAAGUUUAGGCUUAGCAGGCAAAGAAAUUUGGCUUAGCAGACGUAGGCCCUUAGGCUAAGAAACCAAUAACUUUUAGGCUGAGCAAGCGGCAGAAAGUUUUAGCUUAGUAACCAUAGGCUUAGAAAGCUUUAACUUAAAUACCUUAGGCUUAGAAAACUAAGGCUUAGAAGGCUUAAGCUUAGAAAGAUUAGGCUUAGAAGGCUUAGGCUGAGGAGGUUUAGGCUUAGAAGACUUAGGCUGAGAAGGUUUAGGCUUAGAAGACUUAGGCUUAGAAAGCUUAGGCUUAGAAGGCUUAGGCUGAGAAGGUUUAGGCUUACAAGACUUAGGCUUAGAGAUAAUAUUUGCACUUUGCUUUAAAUUUACUUUCUCUAGGGCAACGACCACGAAUCCAAGCGGCCAGUAAAACACCUGACAAGCCUAAACGACUCUGUUAUCGACCGUUUUCGUCUCAUAAAUAAAGUUCUCGACGAUGAUGACAAAAUCAGUAAAAUGUACACAGCUCAGAAGAUAUCGACCAAUAGUAUUUUGUGUCGUGAAAGUGUUCAGCUGGUCUGGCCAAUCUACAACAUGAAAGAAGUUCUGGCAAAAGCAAAGGAUAAAAGUGGAGAAGUCUUGGUUUCUGAGAUCUUUAAGAGCGAAUGCUUUGGGUACAAUAUGAGAGCUAUUUUGAUGCUUUAUGGGAGGGAUCAUGGUAAGUUGCACUUGAUUUUUAUUGCAUUUUAAGACUAAAAUUGAUUAUUAUACCUAAAACUUAUUUUUAAACUCAAGACUCAUUUUUAAGCCUAAACUAAUAUUUUCAAACCUAAACUUUUUUUGGGUUUAAAGUGUUCUAUGCCUAAGUUUUCUAAGCCUAAGCUUUCUAAGCCUAAACCAUCUAAGCUUAAGCCUUCUAAGCCUAAGCCUUUUAGGCCUAAACCUUCUAAGCUUAAGCCUUCUAAGCCUAAGCCUUUUAAGCCUAAACCUUUUAACUCUAAGUUUUCUAAGGUUUAACGUUUUCAGCCUAAGCCUUCUGAGCUUAAUGCUUCUAAACCUAAGCCUUCUGAAAGUUUUCUAAGCUCAAGCCUUUUAAACUUAAGUUGUGUGAGUCUUCUAAAACUAAGCUUCCUAAACCUAAUCCUUCAAGGUUUAUGAGGUCUAAGCUGUAACUUUGUAAGUCUAAGCCUUUAAUGUCUAAAUUUUGUGAGCUUAAGUUUUCUAAGCCUAACUUUUUUAAUUUAAUUCUUCUAAACCUAAGCCCCAAUAGGUUAAAUUUAUGAUUACAAUUGUAAAAUUUUUUUUUCAGCCGAAGGUAAAUUUGUGAGUUUCUAUGUCCAACUGAUUCCCGGCCCCUACGACCCUAUAUUGAAAUGGCCCUUCCAAGAGACCAUAACCCUAAUUCUGUAUGAUCGAAAUGAAGUAGCGACUAAUCGGAUGGACUAUCGUUUCGAACUGAAUCCGGCUAACGAAGUUGUGGAUGACACUUAUGUUGGCCGACCAUCAGCUGAGAAGCCGAACGGUUGGCUGGGAACGGACAACUUUGUUGACAUUGACAAUAUCAUAAAGGAAGGCGAUUAUGUGGUUGAUGAUACGGCUUACUUUGGCGUGUGCAUUGGAUGA